AUGGAUGAAAACUAUGAAAUGAGAUCAAUCAAGAUUGGGGAUGAUGACCCAAAUGAACUAACAGACGGCGAGGGAACGUCAUCCACACAAGGGUGUACUGACUAUGAAUUCAUGAUGGGGAACGCAUUA